AUGGCGAUUACGCAAGUGUCGCGUAUCAUAAAAGAGCGUACUCUUCCCACGCCUCCUGCGGACGGGCAACCGACCGCACCACGCAUCUACCCAGCUCCAGAAUUUCCUUUCAAAGGACAUCAGCCUCCACAGCCCGAAGGCUACAGGCAGAGCGCAGCAAACCCAUCCGAAAAUGCCAUCAUCAUCGACAAUGGCUCCAGUACCUUCAAGGCUGGCUUCUCCUUCGACAAAAAGCCUCGAUAUAUGGUACCGCCAAUAAUGGCCAAGUUUAAAGAUCGCAAAUACAACAAGUACUGUGCUUUUGUGGGCUGGGAUGCCUAUGCGGAUGCCACAACCAGGGGUCAAAUUCGACAGGCGUUCGAAACACAUACGAGCAUCCCAACGAACUGGGAUAUCAUGGAGGGUGUGUUCGACUACAUCUUUUUGAAGCUUGGGGUCGACAGCCAAGGAAGUGUUGGUAGGCCGAUUGUCAUCACUGAGCCUGUCGCGAACUUUGGGCACAGUCGCAAAAUGAUGAACGAAAUGAUCUUCGAAUGCUAUAUGGCCCCGAGCUUGACCGUUGGCGUCGACAGCCUGUUCUCAUAUCGCUACAAUAAGGGCAACUCGGGUACAAUCGUCUCAUCCUCACACAGCUCGACCCACAUCAUUCCAGUGCUCGAUCAGAAGCCGAUGUUUCAGUCAUGUGCCAGGCUCAACUGGGGUGGAUCUCAGGCGCAAGAUUUUCUCUUCAAGCUAAUCCGGUUGAAGUAUCCCACGUUCACGGGAAAGAUGACAAUGGAGCAGAUGGAGCACUACAUUAAGCAGUUCUGCUACCUGUCCAAGGACUACGACCAGGAAACGUCUACCUUUCUUGAAUGGUCUGGUUUAGAGCAGGAGCGCAACAUUGUUAUUCAGUAUCCUUUCACCGAGCAGGUUGUGGUUGAGAAGUCUGCGGAAGAUCUUGCACGUAUCGCGGAGCGGAAGAAGGAAUCCGGACGACGGCUACAAGAACAAGCAGCUAAGAUGCGAUUGGAGAAGCUCAUUAAGAAAGAACAGGAGCUCGAGUACUACCAACAACUACUGACGGACUUUCAAAAUGCGCCAACAAAGAAGGAGCAGAGACGAAUUUUGGAUGACGAAGAGCUUAAAGACGAGGCAGCCCUAGAGCGGGUUGUUCGCGAUUUGGACAAGUCGAUCAAGAAGUCACGAAACAAGGAUCUUGGAGGCGCUGAAGAGGAGCCAAAUCUUGAGGAGCAGCUGAACAAGUUCCCCUUACUCGAUGUACCGGAUGACCAGCUGGAUGAAGAUGGUAUCAAGGAGAAACGUCACCAGCGCCUCAUGAAGGCAGGCGUCGAGGCCCGCAUCCGCGCCAAGCAAGAAAAGGAGCGAGAACGUGCGAGAGUUGCGGAAGAGGAGCGCCUGGACCGCGAACACCGCGAGAACAAUCUAGAAGACUGGGUGAUCGGCCGCCGAGCGCAGCGUGACGCGCUUCUCGUGAAAAUGAAGGAGCAGGCACGUAUGAAGGCAGACAUCGGCAAUCGGAAGGGCCUCGCGUCGCAGAUGCGCAUGAAGACGCUCGCAAAUCUGGCUUCGGAUGGACCAAAGCGCAAACGCCGUGGCGGUGGAGAAUACGACGAUGACUUCGGGGCUAACGACGAGGAUUGGGGCGUUUACCGAACCGUUGCUACCGAGCCUGCAAGUGACGACGAUGAGCCGGAAGAGGAUUCAGCGGCUACGCUUAGGGCUCUCGAGAGUGAGCUGCUCCAGUACGACGACGAAUUUGAAGAGAAGGACACACUUGAGGCUCAGAAUGAUUGGACCAAGAGCUUGAUGCACGCGUUCUUAAGAGGUGCAAGACCGUUCGAUCCCGAGAGUCAACGAGAAAUCAAUCAGAUCCAUCUCAACGUUGAGCGUAUACGUGUGCCAGAGGUGGUCUUUCAACCGGGCAUUGCUGGCGUCGACCAAGCGGGUAUCGUUGAGAUCAUCGAAGGAAUCGUCAUGAACCGCUUCUCCGAUCCAUCACAGCAGAGGGCGUUGUUGAGAGACGUCUUUCUUACAGGCGGCAACACUAGUUUCCUGAGCUUCGAAGAGCGGUUGGCAAGGGAGCUGAGUGCUGUGCUACCGACUGCUUUCGACCUCAACGUCAGAAAGGCCUCGGACCCAAUCCUCGACGCGUGGAGGGGUGCUGCAGGCUGGUGGGCUUCAAGCUCAGCGGUGGACCGUCAGACUGCGACUGUAACACGAGGGGAGUACCUCGAGAAAGGCAGUGACUACAUCAAGGAACAUGACUUAGGCAACUCAUUGGCACCUCCGAUCGGAUUUGGCGGUUGA